CUUUCCCCGUGACCCCUGAGGUCUACUUCCGGGACCCAACAGUGACCUGUCUCCCCGCCCCUUCCGUCGCUCUCUUUCCGGUGGCGGAGUUGAGGGAAGACGCGCAGAAAUGGCACCUCGCAAGGGGAAGGAGAAGAAGGAAGAGCAGGUCAUCAGCCUCGGGCCUCAGGUGGCCGAAGGGGAGAAUGUCUUUGGGGUCUGCCACAUCUUUGCGUCCUUCAAUGACACUUUUGUUCACGUCACUGACCUUUCUGGCAAGGAAACCAUCUGCCGUGUGACUGGUGGAAUGAAGGUGAAGGCUGAUCGAGAUGAAUCCUCACCAUAUGCUGCCAUGUUGGCUGCCCAGGAUGUGGCCCAGAGGUGCAAAGAGCUGGGCAUCACUGCCCUACACAUCAAACUGCGGGCCACAGGAGGAAAUAGGACCAAAACCCCUGGACCUGGAGCCCAGUCAGCUCUCAGAGCCCUUGCCCGCUCAGGGAUGAAAAUUGGGCGAAUUGAGGAUGUCACCCCCAUCCCCUCCGACAGCACCCGCAGGAAGGGGGGUCGCCGUGGUCGCCGCCUGUGAGCAGGACUCCCCACAUUAUUUUCUGUUAAUAAAUGGUCAUCAUGUAA